AAACCACCAAGAUCCCUCUACAGAUGGCUCAACACUCUUUUCUUCUCGUAUGCAUCUUCCUCUCAAUCUCCUCGAUACUAUAUUUUGGCCAAACUGAAGCCACCUCAAUUGAGAGUUUGGUGCCAAGAUCUCUCUACGACUCAAUAUUCAUCCAUAAGGACAAUACAGCUUGCCCCGCAAAUGGUUUCUACACUUACGAAUCCUUUGUGCAGGCGACCAGACGGUUUCCGAGGUUCGGUGGCGUAGGAAGCCCCGAGACACGAAGGCUCGAAGUGGCUGCGUUUUUGGCUCAGAUAUCACACGAGACUACCGGAGGAUGGGCAACGGCGCCAGACGGACCAUACGCGUGGGGGUUGUGCUUUAAAGAAGAAGUGAGUCCACAAAGUAGUUACUGCGAUUCUUCUAAUACGCAGUGGCCAUGUUUCCCUAACAAGACUUAUCAAGGAAGAGGUCCAAUUCAACUAUCCUGGAACUACAAUUACGGACCGGCCGGUCGAGCCUUAGGAUUUGACGGUCUAAAGAAUCCAGAAACGGUGUCAACUAAUUCAGUGAUAGCUUUCCAAACAGCGCUUUGGUUUUGGAUGACCCCUCAGAGUCCCAAACCGUCAUGUCAUGACGUCAUGAUCGGAAGAUACCAACCUACGAAGGUGGAUUUGGCGGCAAACCGGACCGGUGGUUUUGGUUUGACCACAAACAUAAUAAACGGCGGUUUAGAGUGCGGGAUUCCUGGAGACGGACGGGUUAAUGACCGGAUUGGGUAUUUUCAGAGAUAUACUGGGCUGUUUAAAGUAGCAUCUGGGCCAAAUUUGGACUGCGAAAAUCAAAGGCCCUUUGCUUAAAUAAUUAAUUUGGUUGACCCAAAUAUUAUAACUUUGAAUAUACACACAAAAGUCAACAUGUAUGUUUAAGCUCACACAUGGAGGAGCCAUGAAGGUGUUUAAUAUGAUUCUUAUAAUGUAUUUUUCUAUGGGUUGUCUUCCAAUUUAAUGUGAUUUGAUGGUUUUUGAUUUCAACUACUACCUAAUAAAAAAAAUUAAUUGAUACAAA